AGGUGAUGUGAGACGAUGCACGCAAAAUGUAAACAACAACAAAAAUAAUACAGCUCAAUCGAUGGCCUCGUGCUAUUUAUUGUCUUUGGCAUUUAAUUUGGAGCUGCUAACGCGAAUGAAAUUAGAAUGAAGCAGAACAACCAAGGUGGUGAUUCAUCGGGAUAUUUAAUACAAGGCUUUCGACUUUACUCGGACAAUAACCCGUGCAACUAUGUGGGCUGCAAUUUGCCCAACACCACUCACUACCACUGCAAUGCCUGCGGCUACGGCACUAGUCAAACUGAAGAGAUGCACAACCACAAGACGAACUGUCCGUCGCUCAAUUUCAAUGCCUACGGACGCAACUACGACCCCAUGUACCCGACGCCAUCGCAGCCGCAGGAUUGCACCACCUUUUACCCGAUGUAUGGUCUUCCGCAGACGACGGUGCCUCCGACCAUCUCCCCAGGAACCGGCUCCUUCUUCCGGACGCAGCCAGCCGUCUUCAGUCCUUUUUACAGCAGCUACGACGGCUAUGGCAGCCAGACUCACGAUUCGUGGUCCACGGUCCAGAGGCCGCAGAGGGACGUUGACGGCAGGCCACCCUCCACCAAGGAGCGGAACACGCCGUCCACUAAAGUGCCCGUUCCAACGCCUUCCAGCUGUUUAUAUAACCAAAAUCCUGAGCAAACCUACGUGGAGUUGACUGAUCAGUGUUUCAUGGGACGAGCCAUAAACCAACAGCCCCCCAGAUCUGGGAGCACUCAUAAACAGUUGCCAAGCAUCGAUCCGACGUUCAAUUUCAUCGUGGUGCCUGAAGACGGAACUUAUUCUCCUGCUCCAUUCAAUUUCCAAAACGAUGGCUUUCCUGAUAAACAAAACUCUUUCUCCGUUGUGGAUGAGCUUCCAAGUGAAUCCUGCAUUCCGUUCCCUCCUGUCCCGUCACACCAGCCGCCUUCGUGCCUGCUGGAGAACUCCACUGGCGACCAAGACUCUGACCUGGGAUCUGAUGAGCAUGAAAUUAUUGUUGAAGAAACUGGGGAUGAGGCCAUUCCAAAUAUGCUGAAGCAAAACUGUGCAAUCUGCUGCGAGUCGUGCGGCUGGUCAGCGGUCACGAUUAGAGAAGACCAUCCGCUGACCUUGUCCUCCCAGACGCCGGUGUGGAUUAAACUGCAGCAAACAAUCGGACCAAGAGUGAAGACGAAAUUAAAGGAGGGUGUCGUGAUGUGCUGCAAGUGUCUGCACCUCCUGAACACCGUGGACCAGCUGCAAGCGCAGCUCACAGAGACCUCGGCUCGGUUGGUGGAAAGAUUGAAAAUCAAUGAGGCGGAAAUGGACCAGCAGAACCACACUAGUCAUGAGCUUCUGCUUCUUGGCCAGCCAGAUAGGGAACAAGUUGACAACGGUGCCAUAGUUCCCGAGCCUGUUCUCCAGGAAGCAGCAGAGGCUCCAAAGUUGGAAUCGCAGUGCCAAGCGUCUUACAUGUUCAAUUUAAAAUGCGACGCUUGCGGCAAGGAAUUCAACACUAAACGCUCGAUAACUAGUCACAUGAGACAGCACAUCAGGCAAUCUAGAGUAAAGGUCAAAUCCAAGCUGAUCUGCGAGCGGUGCGGCAAGCAGUUCAACCACCGCAACAACCUAGCCGACCACAAACCGGUCUGCUCGGGCGUUUUUCCUCACUCGUGCGGCAUGUGCGGGAAGGGGUUCGUCUUGAAAACCAAGCUCACGGUGCACGAAGCCACCCAUCAGGGGAAAUUCCCACUGCGCUGCGAGAUUUGUCAAAAGGGGUUCUUCAAACUCAGCGAUCUGAGCGUGCACAAGCGGACACACUCUGGCGAGAAGCCAUUUAUUUGCGAAAUCUGCGGCAAGAGCUUCGCCAGCGUCGGCAACUACAACCACCACUCGAAGCUGCACAGGGAUGACCGGCCGUUUGUUUGCUCCAUCUGCAAUAAAAGGUUUACCAGGAAAGGCUACCUGAUGGUGCACAUGAACCGGCACAACGGCAACAAGCCUUUCCAGUGCGACAAGUGUGAAAAGUCGUUCCCUGACCGCAGCAAUUUGUACCACCACAAGAGACUGCACGAGGGUUAUAAACCCUACACGUGCCCCAUUUGCAACAAAGCUCUGAGCUCUGGUCUGCAGGCCCACAUCAGAACGCACACUGGCGUUCGACCGUUCGAGUGCAAAAAAUGCGGACACUCAUUUACAGCAAGUAAUUCGCUAAAAAAGCAUUUGAAACGACACAAGUAAUGUGACACUGGAAAUUGAUUUGUAUUCUUAUGCCCAAUCAGCUUAGAAAUGGCUCUUGAGGGGAAAUGUCAAUACCAAUCUAGUCGUUUUAAUUUCCACAUUUUGGUUUUAAUUCCUCACAUUUUAAACUAAUAGUUUUAUGGCCUAGAUGCUGUCUUAAACGAUUAUUUCCCAUUUUAUCACAAUUUCCUAUCAUAUUAUAUUUGGUCUAACCGUUCUAACGAAGCUUUAUUUUACUCUAAACCACUAAGCCAAUUAUUAAUAUUUGGUUUCCAUUUAUCUAUAGAACUGAAAAAAAUUGUUCAAGUUUAGAAACUACCACCAAGAGAUGAAGACUGAUAUAAUAAACAAACUUUUUAACGAUAAGAA